GUAGAUGUCAAGGAAGCAGAGUCAGAAACCAAUCCUGCGGAUAUCGAGAAUCAGACGUCAUCUAGUACUCGUUUGGAAAUUGUGGUAUUUUACAUUCGUGGCUAUGCGUAUACUCAAAAAUUUAACGAUUCCAUUCUUCCACCUGGCUCUCCGAUUCCUUCAAAUUAUGGAAAGAUUGCGGGCGACCUAUCAAAAUCGGCAGCGAUUCUCUUGCAAUCUAGAAUCCUAGAAUUUCGUCAAAUUUACUCGCAUUUUGCACCUUCCGAUGAAAUGGAAGUGAAAGUCGUCAACAUCAAAGAUUUAGCCUGCCAUGUUUUCAAGACAAGUCAGCCACAAAAUCCACAGCUCCUUGCAACAAUCACGUAUGUACUUAGAGAAAAUGUAUACUUUAUGACUGAUCCCAACAAAUUGAGGGAAGGCGGAAAUAUUCAAUUAAGAGCUAAAGCUGAUGUCAAUGCGAUAAUAAAAGUGCUGGAAUGGAUCAGAACACGGGAUCCAAAAUAUACAGCGUUCCAAUCAAAGACACAGUCGAUUAUCAAUUAUAGACGUACGGUCGCUGUGAACAAGGAGGAUUCGGAUAUCUCUUUCACUAAAGUUGAAACCCUUCCCGACUUUAAUGAGGACGAUAAACUAUUUAUCAAUUUUUUCAAAUCUUACAUUGUAAGUAAUAAUUCAUUCGAUGCUUCCAUAGCAGCUAUCCUUAAACCUAUGAGACUGUAUGACUGUGAUCUUGAUAAAGAAUGUGCUAUCAGGUUCUUGAAAGACAUAGGAGUAUGGACACCGUGGGAAAACCUGAACGUUUAUGAGUCUUCAGUUAUGUUGAAUGGUCACGGAAUGUCAAGAAAGGCGGAUAGGGAUUACGAGGAAUCCAUGAAACUAGCUGCAAACUUAAUGAAUACCAAACCAUUUAUCUAUGACAAAAAACUUGAAUCGUCCGGGGAAACUUCAUUACCCUUGACUUCAAUAAAGCUGCCCCCCGUUAAAACGGUUCAGAACCUCGGGCCUAAUGAUUUUUAUCGAUACGAUAUUUACGAAAAUAUCCGACAUGAUUUCGGCGAUCUUCCUGUUUACACGGUUGACGAUCAUACAGCGCAUGAACUUGACGAUGGAAUAUCGAUUGAACGCGUUAACGCCAGUAAAUUGGAACCAUCUUCAACAUGGGUUCAUGUUCAUGUUGCAGAUCCGUCUACGUACAUUCAUCCUCUUCAUCGGUUGUCACAGAUUGCACAAUCAAGAGUUCAAAGUGUCUAUUUUCCUGACCGACACUAUGCGAUGUUGCCAUCUAUAAUGAGCGAGCAGAGAUUUAGCUUGGGAGUCAACUCAGAAAGCCAGGGUAACUGUGUAAUGUCUUUUAGCUUUCGAAUAGGGGAGGAUGGAAAUCUACUAGACUACAAUGUACGGCCGGGUAUCGUUAGAAAUGUAAAAACUUUAUUUUAUGACGAUGUCGAUACUUUUUUAUCGUGGGAGAAUAUUGGUGGUACAAGGGAGGAAAUUGAAUUUAUUCAAAAGCAACGGCUUUAUCAUCCUCGACCGAUUCCUGUGCCGAAAAAUGUGCACGGAGAGCUGUCGCCUUUGUCAAUAGAAGAUCUUAAAGAUUUACAGAAAAUCUCAUUCUUACACGUAAAAAAUAGGAUAAAAGCUGGAGCACUCAACAUGGGAAUGCCGCAGCCGUCAAUUCAGUUGUCGCCGUUUCCACUUCCGGUCGCUCCUCCCGAACCUCAAGGUCCAAUUUUGUAUACGGGAAUGCCUACCAUCCAGGUUGGACUUGAUAAAAGCAUGCAUUCUCCCGCUCGUGCAAUGAUUGCAGAAUACAUGAUAUUGGCUGGUGUCGUUGCAGCAAAAUUUUGUCAGGAACGGGGUAUACCCAUUUUAUACAGAAAACAGUAUAUUCCUAAUUCACAAAUCCUGGAAGAGGAGAUGAAAUUAAGGGAUGCACGGAACGGUGUUGUUCCCGUUUCGUCUAUAGUAAAGAUGCGUCCACUGAUGACGUCUGCUGAACUUUCAACAGAAUAUGGGCCGCAUUGGGCUAUGGGAAUUCUUGGUGGUUAUACGAAAGUUACAUCACCAUUGCGUCGAUAUGUAGACAUAUUGGCACAUUGGCAGAUGAAAUCUUACCUUCUUGGUUUAAAAUUUCCAUUUUCUAAAGAGGAGUUGGAUAAUAUGGCAAAACACAUUCGAUCAAAAGAAAGAGAAAUAAGUAGGAUACAGCUACGUAGUGAGAAAUUUUGGAUACUUAGUUUGUUGAAUCGUAUGAUAGAAACUGGAUCUUUACCAGAGUUAUCCGGAAUUAUAAUUGAUAUUUUAGAUAAAGGGGAGAAAACAGUGGUGGUAAAAGAAUUUGGAAUUCCCGGAAAGCUUAGCGGUACAGCAGAUGGAGAAGUCGGCGAGAUACUGAAAGUAAAACCAAUAUUAGUCCAACCAAAUAAAAUGCACUUAAGCUUAGGACCUGCAUAA